AUGCCCGGACAGUUUGCACAAAAGAUCCUGAACAAGCUCGGCGUGGGCGAGCAGCAUCAGGGCCCGGGGCCUAGCUCCGGGGGCUCCGGGGCGGCCGCAUAUCCCUGCCACAUUGCCGAGGACGCACGGCAGCUCCACCCGUCCGGCGGCACCUACCCGCGGCUCUGCCGGCUUUCGGACGGCAGCAUCCUGUGCGGGUCGACACGCUUCGAGGGCGCCGAGCGCGUGCUGCACGUCUCGCGGAGCACGGACAACGCGCAGACGUUCGCGCCCUGGGGCGAGGUGGCCCGCGGCGCCGGCGACUGCGACAACCUGUUCCUGUGCGAGGUCGGCCCGGGCCCCACGGUCCUGGGCGCCUUCCGCAACCACGACCUGGACCCGGGCUCCCGCAAGCCCACCCACUUCCGCAUCACCGUGUGCCGCAGCGGCGACGGCGGCCGCACCUGGCACUUCCUCAGCCAGGCCGCCGAGCAGAGCGCCGCGCAGACCGGCGGCAUGGGGCUCUGGGAGCCCUUCAUCCGGCUCGGCCGCCAGGGCGACGUGCAGCUCACCUACUCGGCCGAGCUGGCCGGCGACAAUCAGGAAACGUUCCGGGUGGUUUCGCGGGACGGCGGGGCCACGUGGAGCCCGCCGCAGUGUCUGCGAUGCCAUGGCCCGGAAGAGCGGCUUCGCGAUGGCAUGCAGGGCAUCGUCAGCGUACGGGAUGGGGCAUCUGGCCAGGAUGCUAUCGAGUACGCCGUCUCGUGGGACGACGGAGCGAGCUGGGGCUCGAGAGGCGUGGUCUACUGUCCGCCGUGGGGGCGGAACGCAGGCGCGCCGCAGAUCGCGAACUUUGGUAACGGUGGGCUGGCGGUCGUUUUCAUGACGGAUGAGGAUGCCAUGGCUGCGGACUGGCCCAAGAACGCAGCCGUCAAGGCGGCGGUGGCCGGCGGGUUGCACGGUGGCCGGAUAGCGUGGAGCAAGCCGAUGCUCAUCAGCGGUGCGUCAAGUUUCUGGCCUGGUAUACUCGACGUGGGAAACAAUGAGGUUAUGGCGGUAUUUGAGCAUGGAGGAAGACCUCUGGGGAAACUUUUGCGGUGGAGUAUUGGGUUCCGAGCUAUGUUUCGAUCGCCUUCCAGAGCCUAUCUUCCCUGGGGCUGCUCGUUUCCCGUGAUCGAACGCUCCCGAUGGCCAAAGACGCAUAGCCGGACCACAGGACGGCGGAUGCUAGUGCGGCAUUCCGAGUGUUGCCUGUGUCCUGAUCUAGAAGAAGACAAGGAGAGGUCAAAGAUUGUCCUUGCUCUAGCGAUCCUAUCAAUCAUGCGCCUGCACAAGAUAGACCCUCGGGGGUUUCCCUACGUCCGUUUCAAACCAGCGUUCCAGCAGCUAUGUGAUCAGCUUGGGGUCUAUGGGCCAGAGUGCACCAUUGAGGAGCUUCUGGGCCUAGAAGGUUAUAUCCUACAUGACCUGAAGGUUUUCUUGUGGAACCACCCAAAGGAUGUUUUCCCUCAGCUUUUUUGCUUCAUGGAUUGGAGCGUAGAUGAGCAAGUGGACUGGAAUGGAUUCAUGGGGGUUCUCAAAUCUGACACGCCAAGUUCCAUUGUCGCGUGGGCCUGGCUGUUCAGACUUGAGGAUUUUGAGAAGGACCUGAAGUUCCAAGACCCUGAGCCGGUGGCAGAUGAUGUUAUUCCAACCAUUGUGAACGAAUGA